AUGGUCGCCUUCAGCACGCUCGCGCUCGCCCUCUCAGCUGCGACUGGCAUUUUCGCCGCCCCGGCUGCAGACCCAAGCGCCGAUGCCCCGGACUUCGAAUUCACCUCGGAGAACCGCCUCACCCGCCGCCAGGACUACAACCAGAACUACAAAACGAGUGGUAGUGUGAACUUCAGCCCUAGCAGCAACGGGUACAGCGUCAGCUUCUCGGGCGCAGGCGAUUUUGUCGUCGGCAAGGGGUGGACGACGGGAACGACCCGCAAAAUAACCUUCGACGGCUCCACCACCGCCUCUGCCGGCACCGUCCUCGUCUCCGUCUACGGAUGGACCACCAACCCGCUAAUCGAGUACUACGUGCAAGAAUACACCUCCAACGGCGCCGGGUCGGCUCAAGGCCAAAAAGUCGGCACUGUAACAUGCGACGGCUCCGUCUACGACAUUUGGAAGCACCAGCAAGUCAACCAGCCAUCCAUCCAAGGUACUUCCACAUUCUGGCAGUACAUCAGCAAUAGGCAGACAAAGAGGCCCGGCAGUGGCACUGUGACUACGAGCUGCCAUUUUGAUGCGUGGAAGGCGCUGGGGUUGAACUUGGGAACGCAUAACUAUCAGACGCUGUCGACUGAGGGGUGGGGAAAUGCGGGUGGAAACUCGAAGUACACUGUUAGUGGGUCGUAG